AUGGCUCUCUGGCGCAUCUUCCUCAACAUGGCACCGCACAGUCUAGAACGAAUGGUGCAAAUUUGCACGGCAACUUGGGCUGCGAGACAUGUGGAAGAGAUCCAUCUACCCGCUGGUAUCGACCGUAGCUCAGGAUUUCAAGCAAACAGUCCUGCCCGGAGCUCGCCUAGGGCAGUACUCAAGUCGAUAUACGAUGCGCUCAAGAUCGCACUGCAAGGGUUGCAACGCGCACAGAACUAUCAAGUCAGAGUGAUAGUCUCACAGUUCAACUUUCCUGGUUAUCCGAGGCCGCGAAACCUCCAACGCUGUGUCCUCGAAGCAAUGCUAGAGAGUGAAUACCCUUUGGAGCAAUUGCACCUCUUGCUCGAGUUAUAUCCCCACAAGAUGUGGAACUGGGAAAUCAUGCCUGAUGGUCUGCCCUUGCACCUCGGCACGACGCUCAAGAAACUGAUAGUUGAAUGCAAGCCUCCUGGCAUUGGAGAGGAACACUCGACAGAAAGAUUGGUCUUUGAGGAUACUGCUCUGGCUCGCACUCUGGAUCACUCAAUCCGUUUGGAACACCUUCAAGUAAUCGGCGAACCGGGCACCUAUAAUGAUUCGCUAAGAGAGGAAAUUUGCAAGCAUUUGCAAAAGAGAUGUCUCAAGAGUCUUGACUUCCCCAUGCCCAGGAGAAUAAAAAGUGAUCUAGACAAUUUCCGCAAUGCGAAACGUCGAUUGAGCUUGCGACUGGCACAAUACAACGCCGCCGCCUUCACCGAGACUGAUUAUCCAGCCCUCCCACGCACAACGCUCACCAGAAGUUCCUAUCAGAGACAUUUCACCCAGUAUUAUCGACCGAAUGAUUCGUCCAAUUCUUUCGAAAGAAUUGUCAAAGAAAUGACUUCCGAGCCCAUUAUCACGCACCAAUGGGAUUGGGACAAAGCCAUCUUUGUUGAACUCAAUCCGAUGCUGCUGAAAUGA